AUUACCCAUCUCAGCUGGAAACUCAUAGGCGCACUCACACUGGGGAGAGGCCGUUCCCAUGCUCUGUGUGUGGAAAGGGUUUCACGCUGUCUUCCGCCUUGCUGACACACCAGAGCGUGCACAGUGGGGAUAACAUGUUUGAGUGCUGCGUGUGCAGGAAGGGGUUCAUGCAUGCCUCGCACCUCUUCCAGCACCAGUACACCCACACUGACGAGAGACCGUUCCAUUGCCCUGACUGUGGCAAGAGAUUCAAGAACUCCGGCGAUGUGAAGGUGCACCGGCGGAUCCACGUGGGGGACAGGCCCUUUGGCUGCUCCCACUGCGGCCGAAGGUUCAGCCAGUCGUCCAACCUGCUGCGGCACCAGAGGGUCCACACUAAGGAGCGGCCCUUCACUUGCUCCGUCUGCAGCCGUGGCUUUGCCCAGUCCUCUAACCUGCUCACCCACCUGCGCGUCCACACCAGCGAGCGCCCCUUCACCUGCAUCGAGUGUGGCCGGGGCUUCACCCGCUCCUCUAACCUCGUCAGCCACCAGCGGGUCCACACCGACGAGCGGCCCUACAGGUGUGACAGCUGCAGCAAGAGCUUUAAGAGGCCAGAGGACCUGCUGAGGCACCAGCGGGUGCACACAGACGAGCGCCCCUUCCGCUGCCCACUCUGCACCAAGCGGUUCCGCCACUCCUCCACCCUGGUGAAGCACCAGCUGGUCCAUACUGGUGAACGCCCUUUCACCUGCUCCAGAUGUGGGAAGGGCUUCGCCUACUCCACCAGCCUACUGAGGCAUCAGCGGGUCCACAUGAGGGAGCGAGAAAGAGAUGAAGGGAGAAGACGCAAGUGCAGAGAUCCGGCAGACUGCCAGGCAGGGUGGACUCUGAGCGGGGGUCCGAAGGUCAGCGACGCUCAGAGGCGACCGAAGUUGGAAACAGAACUACUGAGAUUUCCACGUGCCAUUCAUGGUGCAGGGAGGCUGCAAAAGUGUUGUAUUUGUGGACAAGGAUUCGGCCAUUCUUCCAGACUGGAGAAACGCCAGGAGCGACUCUGCAACACGGAGAGACCCUACAAGUGCGGGGACUGUGGGAAGUGCUUCAAUUACCCAUCUCAGCUGGAAACUCAUAGGCGCACUCACACUGGGGAGAGGCCAUUCCCAUGCUCUGUGUGUGGAAAGGGUUUCACGCUGUCUUCCGCCUUGCUGACACACCAGAGCGUGCACAGUGGGGAUAACAUGUUUGAGUGCUGCGUGUGCAGGAAGGGGUUUCUGCACUCCUCGCACCUCUUCCGGCACCAGUACGCCCACACAGACGAGAGACCGUUCCAUUGCCCCGACUGUGGCAAGAGAUUCAAGAACUCAAACGAGCUGAAGGUGCACCGGCGGAUCCACGUGGGGGACAGGCCCUUUGGCUGCUCCCACUGCGGCCGAAGGUUCAGCCAGUCGUCCAACCUGCUGCGGCACCAGAGGGUCCACACUAAGGAGCGGCCCUUCACUUGCUCCGUCUGCAGCCGUGGCUUUGCCCAGUCCUCUAACCUGCUCACCCACCUGCGCGUCCACACCGGCGAGCGGCCCUUCGCCUGCGUCGAGUGUGGCCGGGGCUUCACUCGCUCCUCCCACCUCGUCAGCCACCAGCGGGUCCACACCGACGAGCGGCCCUACCGGUGUGACAGCUGCAGCAAGAGCUUUAAGAGGCCAGAGGACCUGCUGAGGCACCAGCGGGUGCACACAGACGAGCGCCCCUUCCGCUGCCCACUCUGCACCAAGCGGUUCCGCCACUCCUCCACCCUGGUGAAACACCGGCGAGUCCACACCGGUGAACGCCCUUUCACCUGCUCCAGAUGUGGGAAGGGCUUCGCCUACUCCUCCAACCUACUGAGGCAUCAGCGGGUCCACAUUUGACUCCAUCAGCCACCCUGUCAUCCCCUACCGCCAGUGUAGAACUGCCUGGCAGUGCCCGAGACCCAGAUUUGGUCACAGCCCUUGCAUGGAGUUCGCCCUGUGGCUGGAUUUGCAUUCCACCCACCACUCACCCCCAAUGUCCCACAGACGUGCUGGUGGACUGGUUAAUUGUCCAGUUCAAUCUGCCCUUGCCGUGUUGGUAAAUCUGGGUUAGAGGACAAUUUUAAAAAUAUAUAAUUAAUACAGCACUGGUGUGUAAAUGGGUGGUUGAUGGUGAGCACAGAGUCAGUGAGACAAAGGGCCGGUCUCCCUGCUGUUAAGAUCAGUGAUGGAUUCAGUAAAUGAACCCCUCAUGGGCUGCUGACAGAACACGCCCCUCCGCUGCCUGUUGAGGAGAACCUCGCUGGUCCAUUCAUACCCUCCGACUGAUAGACUUGUGGGGGUCUGGCGGGGGUUUCGUUGCUGGUAACGGACACUGUCAAUAGCCAAUACAGUCUGACCAUAAAAAUGUAAAUUGAAUCAAUCCUUUCUAAACAUCAGUCACUGCUUUGGUUUGGACCUCAUGGUGGUGCGUCAUUAACCGGUGUUGGAAUCAUGGGUCCUGAUCGUUCCUGGUUGAGGGUCUCGGCACAAAAUGCUGACUGCUUAUUUGGCUCUGUCGAAGCUGCCUGACCUGCUGAGGUCCUCCAGGAUUUUGUGUGUGUUGUUCUGGAGUUCCAGCAUCUGCAGAAUGUCUUGUGUUUAUGGAUUAAUGCUGAGAGGGAAAGAUUUAUACAGGACCCGAGGGACGACUUCUUCACGCAGAGGGUGAACGACAUUUAAAGGACAUUUGGAUAAGUAUACAUACUUUAUCCAAUUUUGGAUGUUCCUCCUGUAUUUUGUGUGUAUUGCUCUGGAUUUGCAGGAAUCUCAGGCCAUGCUCUAUCAGCUUAUGCAUUUUAAGGAGUUUCUUCAUUUUUUCGAAAAUAUAUUUAUUUUGCAUUUUUAAUCUCCUGUACAACAAAGUGUCUGGCCCAGGAGUCAAACUGGUGAACCUUCAAUGCACUCUAUGCACUGAGCACACAUCCUUUCUUGGGUCAGGAAAUCAGACACAGUAGGCAGGACUCCCGUACUCGUCCCAUUGCAGUAAAGAGCCAAAACCGUUUGCCUCCAGUAUUAACUUUGAAUUAGUCAUAUACAAGGGCAUCUGGUUUCUAAGCAGCAGCACGUUUCAAGAUCUUAGCAUUUAAAAUAUACUCUACUUUUCUCCUUUCCAGUCUUGAUGAAGAGUCUUAGCCCAAAAAUGUCAUGUUUAUUCCUCUCCAAAGCCACUAAUUGACCCGCUGAGUUCCUCCCUCAGUUUGUAAUUGUUAAAGCACCUUUCCCUCUUUCCUGCCAAAGACGAUUAGAUGAAACUUUUCUGCAUUGUGCACCACCUAUUAUUUCCAUGCUACAAGCCCAUAAAUCAUCUGCGUCCUCCUGUGUUCCACACUGCAGCUCCUAGCUUUAUAUCAUUGGAUAGAUAAUUGACCACAUCCGACCCCAAUCCAAAUGGUUAAAGUGGAUCGUGAACAGCUGGGUGUACAUCACCGAUUCCAAAGUGAAAAUUCCUUAUUUAUUCCUUCUCUGUUAUUGGCCAUUAACCCAUCCGAAAUGUUAAUGUUAACAAAUUUCACAUGACGUACUGGUGAUAAUAAACCUGAUUCAUAUAUUGGCAAAUCAAUGCAGAGGACAAAUGAGAAACUACAAACUACCUUCCCUCCAUUCUAAAACCAGCCUCAGGUGUUCAGGUGAAUACACCUUAAGAUGAGUGUGUUUAGCUAAGUGACCCAGUCAUAGAGCACUGCAACAUAUGAUUCUGCCCAUCUAGUCCCUGCCAAUCUAUUCUGCCGAGUCCCAUUAACCUACAACUGGACCAGGGGCCUCAUCCCUUUCCUAUCCCUUUAUUUCACCAAAUCUCCCUGACUUGAACCUGCAUCAGACACACACCCCCACUCCGUUCUGCUGGCAGCUCGAUCCACACUCUUACCACCCUCUAGAGUAAAGGAGAAUCCCCUCAGGUUCCCCUUAAAUAUUUCACCUUUCACUCUUAAACGAUAGUUCUGGACCCACCCAACUUCAGUAGAAAAAGCCUGGUUGUAUUUAUCCUAUUUAUACCCCUCUUAAUUUUGUAUGCCUCUAUCAAAUCUCCCCUCAAUCUAUGUUCUCGGGUAAAGUUCUAAUCUUCAACCUUUUCGUAUAAUUCGGAUCCUUAAGUCCUGGCACAUCCCUGUACAUUUAGCUCCACACUCUUUCAAUCUUACUGAUAUCUGUUCUGUAAUUAGGUGACUAGAACUGCACAGAAUACUCCUGAUUAGCCCUCACCAAUGUCUUGUACAACUUCAACAUGAAUGAUAUUCCCUUUAUUGUGAAACCAAUCUCGGUCAUUAAGGUGAAUGCACUCAUCUGAUGAUUGUGUUUAGCUUCUAAAGUACACUGGCAGGCUAAGUGACCCAGUGGUGGCUAAAACUGGGCCGUAUCAUUUACCAGACUCCAGAAAAAAGACACUCCUGACUGUCGUGGCAGGAGAUUAUAAUGUGAUUGAUGCCUGCAUGGAAAGAAAGUGAGAUGUCGGCAUUUUUAAGUGCAAGUGUAAAGAUGACUGACUGCAUUUGUAUAGAUCUUUGAGUCCGGGCAGUUCAGGUGUCCACCUUGGGGUACACUUAGUGAAGGAGGAGUGCAGUAAAGGUUCACUGGACCAGUUCCAAAGUUUGCUGUGGGAUGAGAAAUUGUGUAAACUAGGCUUGUAUUGCAAUGACGUACUUGCUUGCUGUGAGUCUAUGCUGCAAAAAGCAAGUCUUCCAGUCUAUCUGUGCAUACAUGUACUUGUAAAUAAACUCAACUUUGUCUUUGAA